UCCAUGUCAGGAUUUCUGAAGAAUAUUCGGGAUCAGAUGACCAGAUAUUUUUUGGUUUGACUGACCAAGCUAAUGAAGGCACAUUUAUAUGGAUCGAUGGAACACCUUUACAGUAUUCUUCAUGGGGGUCUGGUCAACCAAACGACGGGGAAAAUCAAGAUUGUGCCUUUCUACAACCUUAUGAUUCAAACAUGGGAUGGGGUGAUGAUUCAUGCAAUAACAAACUACCCUUCAUAUGUGAACGCUAUCAGGAUGUUCCUGAAAAUGAGUGGAGUCGCCUUGAUGGAACCCUGUACUAUAUCUCUCAAUCCUCGAUGACGUCAUACUCAUUUGCUAGAAAGUACUGCCAGGAUCAAGGAGGUGAUCUUGCCCAGCCUAAAACAGAAGAAAUAAAUAUGCAUCUCAUGAAGAUGGCUGGAGACAACUCUUAUUGGUUUGGACUCGAUGAUAUCAAUCAAGAGGGCACGUUUAAAUGGAUUGAUGGCACCCAACUCGACAGUAAUGAAUUUCCUGCUUGGUCGAAUGGUGAUGCAUCCCUAUUUGAGAAUGGGAGAUGUGUUCAUCAGGAGGUUAAUUUUGGAUGGAGAAAACUACGAUGUACAUCGUACCUCAAGUUCGCAUGUGAAAAACCUCCGAGUCCGCGACAGAUCCUUCCUGUACGUCUGAUGGCAGCUACUCCAUCCCCCUACGGAGGAGGUCUGCUGAAUGCUUCAUUUGUCUGUCUACUCGGCUCAGAGAAUGAAGAGAUUCUCACAUUGUCCACCAGAAGACUUGUCCGUCUGACCGAGGCUAUAGAUUCCGAUAGUUACACAGCUCCAGGAAACAGUGAUACUGUAUCAUCUUUAGCGUUAAGGCAGACUCUAGCUACUAUGGAUGGCUUGGGAUUUUUCGAAUGUUCUGCGGUGACAGCCAGUAGAAUGACAUCUGCUCCUCUUGGCAUUCUUCCUUCUACCCGCCAAUGGCAACCCAGUGAUGGUCGGUUUACAAAGACAGUACACGUUGGAGAUGAUAUCACACUCAGUGUGAUGAGCACGACAGAGAUGGUUGGUGAAGCCGGGAUCAGAUGGCGGAAAAUCACUGAUGCAGACUGGGCUAAUUCACUUAUCGGAAUGAGUUCUGGUAGUCUAUCACACACAAUCCAAUCUGCAUCUGUCUCAGACGCCGGUGUGUAUGUGACUUACGAGGAUGGAACGUUGGAACAACAUCAAUUCAGCUUCAUAAGACUCAUCGUAAAGGAGUGCCCCUACGGAAGAUGGAAUCCGCCGUUAUGCGAUCGUUUGUGUGAUAGUUGUUAUAAUGGAGGUGUAUGCCACGAACUCUCAGGAACAUGUAUCUGUCCUCCUUGCCAUGCUGGAAAGAACUGCCUCCAAGCGUGUGGGAUGCAUAAGUUUGGCUGGGACUGUGAGUUUGAUUGUGGAUCCGGUCAGCCUCUGGACAAGUGUGCUGGAAGUCAGAUCUGUCUACCUGAUCCUUAUGGAUGCACCUGUUUAGCUGGAUAUACAGGAAUCUACUGCAAUGAAAUUCCUUUUGUUUGCCCGAACGGAUACUUCGGGUCCAACUGUACACAGAUAUGCAAUUGCAUGAAUGGCACUGCAUGCCGUAAAGAUUCUGGAUACUGUGACGAGGUUGAAGGGCGAUGCGACUUGGGAUAUGUUUCUGACUCUGUCGAGUUUCCAGCCAACUGUAUGACAUUUUCAGGAUGUUUCAGCUCUUGUUCCAAGACAUGUCAUUGCUCUGGUGGUGCUGAGGAUUGUAACUUUCUGACUGGUGAUUGUUUGUCAUCCACCUGUCAUCCAAGAUGGAUGGGGGAUCAAUGCCAAACAGAUCGUUUUGAGACGAGCUUGGAAAAGACCAAUCCAGGAGUUGCGAUCUUCUCCUGUUCCUUUACAGCGUCAUCAGGGCAACAUCUUCCCUCUGAUUAUGUGAAGGCAGCUGUAGGAAGGCCUUUUAUGGAAACAUGGAUAACUCGUAAUAGCUCUGAUACAUCAGGACCAACCCUCAAUAUUUCAUUCAUCCACGAGUAUACGGGGCCAGAAGAACCAAUUUACUGCUUCAUCGGGGUAACUGAGAAUACUUCAGAGUUUGCUUUCGUAAGGCUACCUCCAAGAUAUUACUUUGUUUUACCAAGUUAUAAUGGUGGACCAGAAGUACUUGAAUUUGGAUACUACCAUGCACUCAUCGGUUGGAGACAAUGGGACCCUCGCUCCGAUACCGGGGAAGGACCUAUUGUUGGAUACAAGAUCUACGUGCGAUCAGGUAGCAAUGUCGUACUGGCUAAAGAAGUACAGCCUCCAAGCAUGGUGAACAAUACGGACCGUUCCGUAUCGAAGAGGUCUGCUGAGAGUGCCGCUGAGAUGGUCAUGUAUAACGUCAGUGGACUUGAAGCAGGAUCAACAUACUCUGUUCAGAUUGCAGCGAUACGAGAUGGUAUCAACGGUGAAGGAGAACAAGGACCAGCAAUGACAUUUACAACUGAAAAUGGUAGGUUCUAUAUUUCAUUUCCCCCUGACUUAUGA